AUGGGUUCUUCAAAAGCAUCCUAUACACAGAUUCUUGUAGCAUCUUCAAUUGGAUUAAUUCUUGCUGCUGCUGUGCAUUAUCGUCUCAAGAAAAUCCGUGAUCAAAAAAUUGUUCCUCGUACUAAAGUUACUAAUACUGGUCAGAUCCUUAGGUUUGAGAGUUUUUCUCAUUAUGUAGCUAGACAAAUGGGAUUUAGUGACAAGAGGGAAUGUCCACAUUUGUGCAAAUUAUCAGCUGAGUACAUAAGGAAAUCAGAAGGAUGUGAAGAAGAUAUAUACAAUUUCUUUUCUAAUGAACCAGAUGCUGAUUCUCUAUUCAUUAAGUUAGUUGAAGAAUUUGAGAGAUGUAUCCUUAGUUACUUUGCAUUUCAUUGGACCCAUGCUUCUCAUAUGAUCAGUCAGAUUUUGAGUGCUGAUCAUGCAGAGCCAAAAAAGAAGCUCAAAAACAUUGUCAUGGCUGCUACAAGGGAACAAAGAUUUGAAAGGGUGACAAAGAAUCUGAAGGUUGCAAGAGUAUUUACGACGUUAGUUGAGGAGAUGAAAGCAAUAGGGCUAGUUUCAGCAGAUGAUUCAGAGUGCACUGAUGUGAUGGUUCCAAUGGCUCACAAAGAUAGAAGUCCAGUCCUACUCUUUAUGGGUGGUGGUAUGGGAGCUGGUAAAAGCACUGUGCUCAAGGAUAUUCUCAAGGAACCAUUUUGGGCAGGAGCAGCAGCUAAUGCAGUCGUAAUAGAAGCAGACGCUUUCAAAGAAUCAGAUGUGAUUUACAAAGCCCUUAGUUCCAGGGGACAUCACAAUGACAUGCUUCAAACAGCUGAAUUGGUACAUCAGUCGUCAACUGAUGCAGCAUCAUCGCUUCUUGUAACAGCACUUAAUGAAGGAAGGGAUGUCAUAAUGGAUGGUACACUGUCAUGGAUACCCUUUGUGGUGCAAACUAUAACCAUGGCAAGAAAUGUACACCGAAGACGUUACCGUAUGGGUGUUGGAUACAAAGUGGAGGAUGAUGGAUCUGUAACUGAGAGCUAUUGGGAACAGUUGAAUGAAGAACAAGAGGCCACUGAUGGAAAUAGAAAGAGGAGACCUUAUAGAAUAGAAUUGGUUGGAGUUGUUUGUGAUGCUUAUUUAGCUGUCAUUAGAGGAAUAAGGAGAGCUAUCAUGUGUAGAAGAGCAGUAAGGGUGAAUUCACAACUGAAAUCACACAAGAGAUUUGCAAGUGCAUUCCAUACAUACUGUCACAUAGUAGACAGUGCAAGAUUGUACUCUACUAAUGCAUUGGAGGGCCCUCCUAAGAUGAUAGGGUGGAAGGAGAAAGAAAGGACAUUAUUAGUUGAUCCAGAUGAGAUAAAUGUACUGCAAAUGGUUGGAAGGUUGAAUGAUGGAGCAAACUCCAUCUAUGAACUUUACAAGAAUCCUCACCCAGCAUUUCAAGCAGGCUCUGUUUGGAAAGAUAUUGUCUUGUCGCCUUCGAGGCUCAACAUUCAGAAAGAACUCAAGUAUUCUAUUCAGAAAGUUGAAAGGAUGAGAAGCUAGUUGAGUUACUUCCUACUAGUUCUGAUAA